CAUUGUCAAAACAAGCUUAAACGAAAGUGUUUGUGGGGAUGCGUAAUGCUUUUGGAAAGGCUAUUAAUAAUAGCCACAAUGGUUGAUUCAGUUUUUUCCAUUGAUCUACACAUUGGUGGUGUCUUUCCAAUGGAAGCAGGUUCUGGAGGUUGGGCUGGAGGUCAAGCCUGUUUACCAGCUGUUCAAAUGGCACUUCGUGAUGUUAAUGCGAAUCGCAAUAUAUUAAUGGGAUACAACCUUGUGUUGCAUCAUCACAAUAGUAAGUGUCAACCAGGCCUGGCAGCUAAGCAGUUAUAUGAACUACUGUAUAGGUCUCCAACGAAAUUGAUUUUACUUGCUGGUUGUAGCCCAGUUACUACAAUCAUUGCAGAAGCUGCACCUGUAUGGAAUCUUAUUGUACUAUCAUAUGGAGGAAGUUCACCAGCAUUAUCGAAUAGGAAACGUUUUCCAACGUUAUUUCGCACGCAUCCAACCGCUAAUAUGCAAAACCCAACCAGAAUUAAAUUAUUUCAUAAAUUCAAAUGGAAAAGAAUCACAGUUCUACAAUCUGUUGAAGAAGUUUUUACGUCGACAGCAAAAGAUCUCGAAAAUCAAUGUAGGGAUAGUGGAAUUCGAAUUGAACGGCAAAGUUUCUAUGGUGAUCCUACAGAUGCAAUUAAAACGUUAGUGCGACAGGAUGCAAGAAUUAUUGUUGGAUUAUUUUACGUCACUGAAGCAAGACGAGUUCUUUGCCAGGCAUACAGACAUGGAUUAUAUGGAAGAAAAUAUGUUUGGUUUUUUAUUGGUUGGUACGCGGACACUUGGUUCAUACCGCCACCAGAAGAACCAGUUAAUUGCACCGUUGAACAAAUGACAAUUGCUGCGCAGUAUCAUAUUACAACAGAAAGUAUUAUGCUAAGUAAAAAUGAACAAAAAACGAUAUCAGGAAUGACUGGAUUUGAAUUCCAACAAAAACUUAUGGAUAUCAUUAAAACAGACCCAGCGAACACUGGCGGAUUUCCGGAAGCACCACUCGCUUAUGAUGCAGUUUGGGCCAUUGCGUUAGCGUUCAACUGUACAUUGACAAGAUUAUCUAACUCACAAACUCUGGCGGAUUUCACUUACAAUAAUACUGUCAUAGCGAAUAAAUUGUUUAACUGUGUUAAAAAUACACAAUUCAAAGGUGUUUCGGGUCAAGUGAUGUUUUCCGAUUUGGGUGAUAGAAUCGCUCGAACGCAGAUUGAACAGUUGCAAGAUGGAAAAUAUGAAAUGCUUGGAACAUAUGAUACAACGACUUCACAUUUGGAUUGGUAUGGAAAGGAGAAGUUUGCAACAUUAAAUGGAUUAGCACCACCAGACUCGACGAUUAUAAAGGAAUCAUUUUUAACAAUCAGCAUUGAGUUAUAUUAUGCAGUUGCCGCUUUCGCAAUUAUUGGAAUUUUUUUAUCGAUAACAAUAUUCAUCUUUAAUUUUAAAAAUUCAUCCAGAAGCAUAAUAAUUCAAUCACAACCUAAAUGCAAUAACAUAUUUAUUGUUGGUUGUAUACUUUGCUCGUUUAGUCUUCUUUUAAUGGGAAUUCCAGCAGAUGGUAUAACUUUACCGAAAGAAAGUUUUACUUUUCUUUGCCAUACUCGAAUUUCGUUAUUAAUGGUUGGUUUCACAUUUGGAUAUGGCUCAAUGUUUGCGAAAGUAUGGAUCGUGCAUCGGGUUGGAGCAUCCGGGAAUCAAGAGCUUGUCUCACAGCAAAAAUCCAAUGAUCCAAUUUCAUCAAAAAAAUUCUACCUCAUUAUUGCUAUAUUCUUUAUCAUUGACUUAAUUAUUAUUGUUUGCUGGUUAUUAUACGAUCCAUUACAGAGAGAGGAACGAAGAUUCCCAUUACAGGAACCGCCACCAGGAACUGAAGAAGAUGUCAUGUUAUUACCUAUACUGGAAUACUGCCAAAGUAAACGCCAUGAAAUUUGGACCGGUAUAAUUAUGGGUUAUAAAUGUUUAUUACUUAUAUUUGGUCUUUUUCUUGCGUAUGAAUCAAGGAAUUUGAAACUUCGUUAUAUAAAUGAUUCUCGAUUUGUUGGCCUUGCAAUAUAUAACGUGACUAUAUUAUCAUUAGUAACCGGGCCUGUCUCUUGGAUUGAUAUUUAUUCCAAAAGUCCUUCAUUUAAGCCAGUUCAUUAA